AUGAUCUGGAUUACGGUCACUUUGCUUGUGGCGACAAUUGGUGGGAGUACGGCAAUAAAGUGUUUCUCGUGUGCUUCCUCCGAAUAUCGGACAAUUUUUGAGAGAAGUGAUGUGCUGUCAAGGCAUGCCGGUAUGCCUCAAUUUGAUCGUUUCUGCGAUAUGGAGGAAUCGGUGCAGGCGAUUGCACCGGUUGAAUCAUGCGAAUCGUCCUGUAUCACAAUUUUUGAGCCGCAAUAUUUUGGAGGAUUGCGGUCACCACAACGGCCGUAUCUUUUCCUACGCGGUUGCUCGUCACGACUUCUCUCGGCGAUGGAAUCCCCACCACGAGAGGUGGAUUUUCUUCACAGGGCAGCAAUUUGUGUCAGUUUACCGCUGUCACAAAUCUAUCCGAAGGUUUAUACUAAUGAAGUAGUCGAGGUUUGCUCAUGCGUCACAAAUGGUUGCAAUUUUCGUGUUGAACCGAAUAUCGCCUACAUGUGGGACCUUGUCCCAUUGUUCGUCGCUCUUUUACUAACUUUUGUGUAA